CCUUCAGAAAGUGUGCUGCAUCUUCUCCAGACUUCUGCGGUUUAUGAGGAGCCAGUGACAGUGAUGAACUCUGAGCAGGAAAGGCCGUUCAUGUGCAGCGCCCCGGGCUGCUCUCAGAGAUUCCCUACGGAGGAUCAUCUAAUGAUUCAUCGGCACAAGCACGAGAUGACCCUCAAAUUCCCGUCUAUCAAAAAUGACAACAUGCUGUCAGACCAGACACCGACCCCAACACGCUUCUUAAAGAACUGUGAGGAAGUUGGCCUCUUCAGCGAGCUGGACUGCUCCAUCGAGCAGCAGUUUUGCAAGGCUCAGGAGGAGGAGGACAGCAAGCAGAAUAUCACUCUUCAUGGGCAAGGAGGCACUAACCAGCACCAGCAGCAGACCCACUCAAGAAUGGGCAAUCAUGACAGCAGCAUAGUGAUUCAGCAGGCGCUGCCCUCACCCCAGUCCAGUUCCGUUAUCACCCAGGCCCCUUCCACCAACAGACAGAUUGGGCCAGUGCCUGGUUCCCUUUCCUCGUUGUUGCACCUGAGGAACAGACAGCGACAGCCACUGCCAGCCUCCAUGCCUGGCACACUGCCUGACCCCACUAUGCAAGGAUCGUCUGCCGUUUUGAUGCCUAUGGAGAGGCAAAUGUCCAUGGGCUCCAACAUGAUGGGCAUGCAAGGCCCUGCCCACAGCAACUCAUGCUCCUCCCCUCAUGUUCCAUCCAUGCAUUCUGAGGCAAAACUGAGACUAAAAGCCGCCCUUGCCCACCAUCCAGGGGGCAUGGCGAAUGGCAGCAUGAACUCCAUGGGUCAUAUGAUGGAGAUGAUGUCAUCACGGCAGGAGCAGGGUGGGCAUCACCACCUGCACUCUCACCCACACCAGCACAUGCAGGGCCCACCUCACGGAUACUCGCACCAUGCCCACCAUCACCCCAGCCAUGCACAGAGCAGCCAUCACCACCCACAGAGCCACGGGCACCACAACUCCCACCCGCCCCACCUCCACCCUGCACAUGGACAUCAGACCUCUCCACAUCCACCCAUGCACUCCGCUGCUUCACAGUUAUCUCCUGCUGCACAGCAAAUGCAGCCAACGCAGACCCUCCAGUCCCCGCCGCCCAGCGGAGGUCGUCGCAGACGAGUCAUGGACGAGGACCCAGACGAGCGCAGACGGAAGUUCCUGGAGAGGAAUCGUGCGGCUGCCACACGCUGCAGACAGAAAAGGAAAGUGUGGGUGAUGUCUCUAGAAAAGAAAGCAGAAGAGCUCACCCAAACCAACAUGCAGUUGCAGAAUGAGGUCACCAUGCUAAAGAACGAAGUGACACAACUGAAACAGCUUUUAUUGACACAUAAGGACUGCCCCAUCACCACCAUGCAGAAAGAGUCGCAAGGUUACCUCAGUCCAGAGAGCAGUCCGGCAGGAAGUCCCACCCCUGCGACCCAGCAGCAGGUCAUCCAGCACAAUACCAUCACCACCUCCAGCACAGCACCCAAUCACCGCACAGAUAUUAACCCCAUCCACUAGAGACUCUCAGCCCACACACUCCCAAUGCAGCCCCACGCUGGACAUCCUGACUGCAAACUCUGUGGAUAGACACACAUCUCUGUGCCUCUGUGGCAGCUUUCUCUUCUGUUUGACUUUUGUAAACGUAAAUUGAUUCACAUGUUUAGUUCCAUUUUUUAUGUUUGUUUUGUUAGCAUUUGAGUCAGCUUUAAAACAGGGAGUCUGCAUGAUUCAUCAGGCACCAUCUCGCUUGUCAUGAACAUCACUGAUGGGAUGUUGUGGAAACACAAACUUUAUUUGUUACUGGAUUACUACUGGAUUACUGCCUUUACAAAUGAGCAACAUUCAGAUAGUAGCUGGAGCUGUACUAUGUGCUAUUCUAUUACUAUGAAUUUUCCAUUGCCAAAAAGAUGCUGUUUGUGUCCUUUCGGUUCUGUUAGGACUUUAUAACAAUUACUCUCACAUUCCUAUUAUAUAUCUAAUUCAAAAGGAUAAAUGAGGAAAGUCAGUGAAGGUCAAUGCAAAUGAAGGCAGACUAAAAAUGCAAUUUAAAUAUUUUAUGAGCUCAGCAAUCUAAUUGUCUUCACCUUCUUACUUGGACCAGAAUAUAGAUCUGAUUAAGCUCAACCUAUUAGCCUCCUGGCAUUUCACAUGUACGUUUAAGAUGAAAAAAUAUCUGAGUUAUCUUCUUAAAACAAAACAGCUCUGGCUCCUUAGCUGGUACAGAUCAUGUAAAUGGAAUGCAUAUAUCAAGCUGACACAGGUUUCUGUAAGCAUAUGCCCUGCUUAACAUGUGUGAGAUUUCUGGAUAUUCUCAGAGUGGUCACAGCUGUGGCCGUGUUUUCAGAAGAUACCAUCAGCUGUUUCAUUUUAAGUUGGUGUAACUUCUGGUUGGAUUUACCCCUGGUCCUCAUUAAUUUGGAUAUGAUAUUUACUUGUGGCAAUUAAUUUGGGUAUCUGUUUAAGAUUAGUUUGUGAACUGGAUAUUACACCACAUUCUUUAAUAGGGUUUUGAGGUCUUCUGCUCAGAGUAAGAUUAGACAAUAUUAUUGUCAAGUGCUCAUACAUGGUCUUUCCCUAACCACCAUCCAAAAUGCUCCAUCAAUUCAUUGAGUCUUGCACCUGAAUAGUGCAAUGGAAAAAAAGAAAGCAUUUGCUGUUCCCGAAGCUAUGGAAAACUUCCAUCAGAGCCAAAUGAAUUGUUAAAUGCUCUAGUUUUGGCUGAAAGUAUAGAUUCAGUGGCACUUCAAGAGCAUAAAUUUACUCUAACAGAUAGGCUAAUGCAUAUGAUAUGAUAUAUCUUUAUACUGUACGUCCCAUUUUAUAUUAGAGGCCUAUAUAUCUUGGUUCACAAGAAUCUUAUGAGAUGUUCUUCAGGACAUGGACCAGGAUAAUUUCUGCAGUAAACUAGGAGUCCUCAAGAAAUUCUGUAGAAGCCCAUGCAAGUUUCUGGAAAGGUGCUGUUGUGUAUUGGAGAUGUUAGUAUACGAGCAGCAGCUUACUGUUAAUAUGACAUUCCAAAGUGAAACCUGUUUGUUCCCUUUGCAUGGUUGUAAGGGAUGUAUGUGCAAAGUCCUGUAUACCUCACAAGUCUAUUAGCAUAGACCGUAAAACUGGAUAUUAGUGCUUUUAGACGCUGAAUAGUAAUUUGGUCCUCUUUUCUUUUUCUCUUUACUGCAAAAGUGUAGCAUUUUACUAUUUUUACACAGGUACUGAUCUAGUCUGAUCUAGACUUUGCUUUCCAAAUGUCACAAUGUGCACAAAAAUGUCUUAUCUACUCACAUAAGGUAGAAUGUCAGCCAUUAAUAAUACAUUGAUAUCACUGCAUUUAUUUUAAAUUUCAAAUUAACUUUGAGGCCUUAAUAAUGUAAUUAUUUUUUAGAAACUGCAUUAGACACUGUUUUGUUUUGUUUCAUUUUUUUGUUUUGUUUAGUUUCGAUCUGAUGUUUAGUUUAUUUUAUUUUUGUGUCUUUGUUUCUUCAUUUUGUUUUGUUUUGUUGUUUCAUUUAAUUUGGUGUGUUUUAUUUGUUUAUUCUUUUUUUUGUCUUGUUUUGUUUAAUUUCAUUACUUUGUUUCUUCAUUUUGUUUUGUUUAUUUUUUAUAUUGUUUUGGUGUUAGUUUACUUUUACUACCUUCUAGAACCAAGGAGGCCUUUGGUGUACAGCAUGGCCAUUUCCCACUGACCAACAGGCAAGCUGGAUAUGUCUUGGCUUGUGUAAAAUGGAGAGACACCAAAAUGUUUCCCAUCUGCAGAAAAGGGCCUUUCUUCCAGCAGCUAAGCUCAGAACUCUGUUUCAUGUUUUUCAUAGUUUGUAGAGGAUUUUAUGUCCCUACUAAAUGGAACAUAUUGAUUCCCUUUCGCCUUUCCUCACAGCACUGUGUUUGGAACACGAGCGUGCUAAACAACCUCCACCUUGAGAGGUGGAAAUCAUGUAGCUGUCUUUGCACUUUGACCUCUGUGCAUCAGAGGAUGGAAUAGCCAUAUAGAAGACUCAGCGAUUCCCAGUUCCCACCAGCGAGAGCCAGCCACUGUCAAGACUGGAACAACACAGCCUUUUAUGGACCAACCGGAUUGGAGCCCGGAGUGGUAACCCCAGUGGAAAAGAAUUAGGAUGCAAUUCAUACACAAGACUGUAGCCUGAUGGUUUGGGUUAGGCAGCGUUCAGUAAAGAGCUCCUAUAGCUUUAAGACUAUACCAAUUAAACUGUCUGACUUGACACCCAUUAUACCCUUUAGAGAAGUCCUGUUUUUCACACUGUGAAAUGGGUGACAUCAAGAUGAACUCGAAACUUGAUUAUAUAUAUAUUUUUUCCAUUUGGACCUUUGGACCCAUUUGGACAGUUUGGCUGGUUCUCAGCAUCUUCUCUUUAAGUAUCUCAAAUCAACAUUUAAUGUUUUUUUUGUUUUGUUUUGUUUUUUGCAUGUAAUGUGGUUUUGAAUUGGAAUCUGAGUGAAUCUCAGUGUGAAUUUCAGUGCUGCACUAGUGUUUAUGGUUUGUGAGUUGAACGUUAUCCUGAGUUUGGUGAAUGCAUUUGAGUAAACAUCCCAGACCUCAGACUUUACAUGAUGAUGUAAAAAUGGUGAGAGGGGCAUGCUAAACAGCAGUUUAAAAUGGUUCUCCGUGGAGGACUGCGGUAGAGUUCAAUAGCUGCAGGGAUUCAAGCUAUCCUUCAGCAGUAAAGACAGACAACAGUCUAAAGUUGCAUUGUAUUUCAUCUCCUAUGUCUUCAUUUAAAGCAAAGUGGCUCGGGAGAGUAUCUACGUAGGGUUACAUCAUCUCUUAGCCAAGCAACAAAACACACACACACACAGGAACACACUCAAAUGGAAAUAUUUUAUUUGUUUUGAGUGAGAAACGGACAUUAAUCUCAACAUGUUGAUUUGGCAUCAGUCCUUGUUACAGUGGGUCGAUGAACAUGUCUUUUGUAAUAACAUUCUAAGAAAAUGGAGGGAGAUUUUUGUGUGUGUGAGCACAAGUUUAUGUGUGCUUUUGUGUGCAUGUUUUUUUUUUUUUUUUUUUUUUUUUUUUAGGUGGA